AUGCUGAGCUUCCCAGGCCAAUUUACGCUCACAAGUGCCCGACUCCAGCGCUCUGUUCAGCGUCAGGACAUACCACAGAAAGUGCGUUCAGCAGGGCGCGCCAACAUCCGGGGGAGCCCAUUACACCCACCAUCUCAAGCUGAGCGCUUCACUGUCUCUGCUCAAGAGGCUGUGGAGCACCCUGAGCAGCACCCUGAGCAGCGUCUUCCAUCGUCAGAGUGGCCGGGCUCAGUCAUGUGGCCCACGGGGGGCUCCAAGGCUUGUCUGGAGGUCAGGUCGCCGCUGCAGGCCCGCUACCCGCUGGUGGUGGCACGUGUCUAG